UGGUGAGCUUAGAAUUUGGCGCCAGGUUACAGAGGGUUGAGUGAGUGCGUAGUUAGCGGGAAAAGUAGACAGCGGUUGUGGGAUACACAGUAGAUUGUACUGCUUAUUUCUUAUCUUCGUUCUGUAAUUGAGCUGUGUAGUGUGACACAAUGGCAAUGCCACGUCUCAGUGAAGGAGCAAUUGCGAAUAUUUUGCAAGGUGAUACUUCUUCAAAGCCAACUCUGCAAGUUAUUAAUAUUCGGCCAAUAAACACUGCAAAUGGUCCUCCUCGUUAUCGUCUGCUAAUGAGUGAUGGUUUAAACACACUUUCCUCUUUUAUGUUGGCUACACAGCUGAAUUCUCUUGUGGAUGAUAAUCUCCUUGCAACCAACUGCAUCUGUCAGGUCUCACGAUACAUUGUAAACAACCUGAAAGAUGGAAGGAGGGUGAUUAUAGUGAUGGAAAUGGAGGUGUUGAAACCUGCCGAUGCUGUCAUGGGAAAGAUUGGAAAUCCUGUGCCAUACAAUGAUGGACAAGGGCAACCACAGCCCACGGCUCCGGCUCCUGCACCUGCCCCACCACCUAGCAAAUCUCUGAAUAACUCUGGUUUGUGUGCUGAUAAAUUUGAUGGAUCAAGGCAGCCAGUUGUUGCUAUUAAAGGCGCCCGACUCUCAGACUUUGGUGGGCGUUCCUUAUCAGUGUUAUCAUCAAGCACAAUAAUGAUAAAUCCUGAUAUCCCUGAAGCUUUUAAACUGCGAGGAUGGUUUGAUUCUGAGGGGCAAGUAGUUGAAGGUACAUCAAUCUCCGAGCAACGUGGAGGAGGAAUAGGAGGUGGAAGCACUAACUGGAAAUCUUUGUUGGAAGUUAAAACUGAAAAUAUGGGUCAUGGUGAUAAGGCAGAUUAUUUCACCAGUGUGGCUACAAUUGUUUAUCUCCGGAAAGAAAACUGCUUGUACCAAGCCUGCGCUUCCCAGGACUGCAACAAGAAAGUUAUAGACCAGCAGAAUGGACUUUUCAGAUGUGAGAAAUGCGACAAAGAGUUUCCAAACUUCAAAUAUCGACUUAUUCUUUCAGUAAUUAUACCAUCUAAAUCUGAAGGUCUUAAACCAACUACUGUCCAUUUGUCAGGUAUAGCAAUUAACAGUCUAUUGGCAUGUGGCUCAGAACGAUUCCGUCCUGGCACAAGUAGUAAACAGAAGUGA